AUGGCGCAUUUUCCUUUCAAGAUGGCGGAUGUCGAACUACUGAAGACGGAGGCGUACGUGCAAGGAACCUGGACUGCGGCCUCGUCUGGCAAGCGCUUUGAUAUAGAAGAUCCUGGUACUGGCAAAGUCUUUGCGUCGUGUCCAGACUUCAGUGCAUCAGAUGUCGACGCGGUCGUAGAGUCGUCCUCCCGGGCAUUUGAGGAGUUCCGUAAAGAGAAUCCACGUUCGAGAGCACAAAAGCUUCUUGAAUGGGAUCGCCUUAUUCGAGAGAGCAAAGAUGAUAUAGCUCAAGUUUUAACGUACGAGUCAGGCAAGCCCCUAGCAGAGGCGCAUGGUGAGAUCGAGUACGCAUUGGGCUUCACUUGGUGGUUCGCUGGCGAGGCUGAAAGAAUCCGAGGAAAUUUGAGCAUACCUUCCCAGCCUAAUCGAAGAGUGGUGGUUACGAAACAGCCCAUCGGGGUGUGCGUGGCCCUCGUCCCUUGGAAUUUUCCAAUUGCCAUGAUUCUGCGCAAGGUUGGAGCUGCCCUAGCUGCUGGGUGCACAAUAAUUGCCAAACCGUCACCAGAAACCCCGUUGACCUGCCUCAUCCUGGCGAACCUCGCGGUGAAGGCAGGAUUUGCUCCCGGCGUCUUCAACGUAAUUACUUCAUCGAUGGACAACACACCAGAAGUGGCUGAGAGGCUAUGCAAGCACCCACUAGUCAAAAAGGUAUCCUUCACAGGUUCAACGACAAUCGGUAGUUUGAUAGCCAAACACUGUGCCGAAGGACUGAAGAAGGUUUCAUUAGAGCUUGGUGGCAAUUGUCCAUUCAUUGUCUUCGAUGAUUGCAAUCAAGAACAAGCUUGCGAAGAGCUUUUGAAGCUCAAGUGGAGGCAUGCUGGCCAAGCAUGCGUUACGGCAAAUAGGGUGUAUGUUCAAUCUGGAAUAUAUGAAGAGUUUGUCGCCACAUUGGCAAAACGUACGAGCAUCCUCAAGUUAGGACACGGUAUGUCAUCAGAUACUACCAUAGGUCCGCUGACAACAAAGCGUGGCGUGUCCAAAGCUCAAAAGCAUGUCGAAGAUGCCAUUGAGAAGGGAGGCAAAGUGAUCGUCGGGGGAAAAUCCGGGAAAGGACUGGGUGAUGGUUUCUUUUUCGAGCCAACGAUCAUCCGAGACGCCAAACAGUCUAUGCUGAUUAGUCAGGAGGAGACAUUUGCACCAGUAUUGGCUGUGUAUCGCUUUGAUAGCGAGGCUGAGGUCGUGAAAAAUGCGAAUGAUACUAGCAUGGGACUCGCUAGCUACUUUUUCACGAAAAACAUCGACCGCGCCUGGCGCCUGCUCGAGAACCUUGAGGCGGGGAUGAUUGGCAUGAACACUGGUAAUUCUUCAGCUGCAGAGUCGCCCUUUGGAGGGAUGAAGCUUUCUGGGUACGGCAAAGAAUCUGGGAAGGAUGUUGCUGUAGAGGAGUAUCUUGUAUCAAAGACAGGUACCAUGACUUUAGAGGGGCAUUAUUGA